AUGGAGCCCCCCGCCGACCCCGCCGACCCCUCGGACCCCUCCGAAUGCGCCGAGGCGCGCUCCAAGCAGCAGGGCAAGUGGGCGCUGGUUCGCAGCCUGAACCAUGCGUUGAAGACCUACGCGGUCAUGCCGGGGGACUAUGUCUGGAUGGACCUGAGAUCUGGGCAGGAGUUUGAUGUGCCCAUCGGAGCCGUGGUGAAGCUCUGUGACUCUGGGCAGAUCCAGGUGGUGGACGAUGAAGGCAAUACGUACACAGGCUCCAUUCUGGUGGCUGUGAACCCCUACCAGCUGCUGUCCAUCUACUCACCAGAGCACAUCCGCCAGUACACCAACAAGAAGAUUGGGGAGAUGCCCCCCCACAUCUUUGCCAUCGCCGACAAUUGCUACUUCAACAUGAAACGCAACAGCCGUGACCAGUGCUGUAUCAUCAGCGGGGAGUCUGGGGCAGGGAAGACGGAGAGCACGAAGCUGAUCCUGCAGUUUCUGGCGGCCAUCAGCGGGCAGCACUCGUGGAUUGAGCAGCAGGUGCUGGAAGCCACCCCCAUCCUGGAAGCAUUUGGGAACGCCAAGACCAUCCGCAACGACAACUCAAGCCGCUUUGGGAAAUACAUCGAUAUCCACUUCAACAAGCGAGGGGCCAUCGAGGGCGCCAAGAUCGAGCAGUACCUGCUGGAGAAGUCACGUGUCUGCCGCCAGGCUCCCGAUGAAAGAAAUUACCACGUGUUCUACUGCAUGCUAGAGGGUAUGAGUGCGGAUCAGAAGAAGAAGCUGGGCCUGGGCCAGGCCUCGGACUAUAACUACUUGGCCAUGGGUAACUGCAUAACAUGCGAGGGCCGGGAGGACAGCCAGGAGUACGCCAACAUCCGCUCGGCCAUGAAGGUGCUCAUGUUCACGGACACGGAGAACUGGGAGAUCUCGAAGCUCCUGGCGGCCAUCCUGCACCUGGGCAACCUGCAGUAUGAGGCCCGCACGUUCGAAAACCUGGACGCCUGCGAGGUCCUCUUCUCCCCAUCCCUGGCUGCAGCCGCGACCCUGCUGGAGGUGAACCCUCCAGACCUGAUGAACUGCCUGACCAGCCGCACCCUCAUCACCCGCGGGGAGACGGUGUCCACCCCGCUCAGCAGGGAGCAGGCGCUGGACGUGCGCGACGCCUUCGUCAAGGGCAUCUACGGGCGGCUCUUCGUGUGGAUAGUGGACAAGAUCAAUGCAGCAAUUUACAAGCCCCCCUCCCAGGAAGUGAAGAGCUCUCGCCGCUCCAUCGGCCUCCUGGACAUCUUUGGGUUCGAGAACUUUGCUGUGAACAGCUUCGAGCAGCUCUGCAUCAACUUCGCCAAUGAGCACCUGCAGCAGUUCUUUGUGCGCCACGUGUUCAAGCUGGAGCAGGAGGAGUACGACCUGGAGAGCAUCGACUGGCUGCACAUCGAGUUCACCGACAACCAGGACGCACUGGACAUGAUCGCCAAUAAGCCCAUGAACAUCAUCUCCCUUAUCGACGAGGAGAGCAAGUUCCCCAAGGGCACAGACACCACCAUGUUGCAUAAAUUGAACUCCCAGCACAAGUUGAACUCGAACUACAUACCCCCCAAGAACAACCAUGAGACGCAAUUUGGGAUCAACCACUUUGCAGGCAUCGUCUACUAUGAGAGCCAAGGCUUCCUGGAGAAGAACCGGGACACCCUGCACGGAGACAUCAUCCAGCUGGUCCACUCCUCCAGAAACAAGUUCAUCAAGCAGAUCUUCCAGGCCGAUGUCGCCAUGGGCGCCGAGACCAGGAAGCGCUCGCCCACACUCAGCAGCCAGUUCAAGCGGUCCCUGGAGCUGCUGAUGCGCACACUGGGUGCCUGCCAGCCCUUCUUCGUGCGCUGUAUCAAGCCCAAUGAGUUCAAGAAGCCCAUGCUGUUCGACCGGCACCUGUGUGUGCGCCAGCUGCGGUACUCAGGGAUGAUGGAGACCAUCCGAAUCCGCCGGGCCGGCUACCCCAUCCGCUACAGCUUUGUGGAGUUUGUAGAGCGGUACCGUGUGCUGCUGCCCGGAGUGAAGCCGGCCUACAAGCAGGACGACCUUCGGGGGACGUGCCAACGCAUGGCCGAGGCUGUGCUGGGCACCCACGACGACUGGCAGAUUGGCAAAACCAAGAUCUUCCUGAAGGACCACCACGACAUGCUGCUGGAGGUGGAGCGGGACAAGGCCAUCACCGACAGAGUCAUCCUCCUCCAGAAGGUCAUCCGCGGGUUCAAAGACAGAUCUAACUUCCUGAAACUGAAGAACGCUGCCACACUGAUCCAGAGGCACUGGCGUGGCCACAAUUGCCGGAGGAACUAUGAGCUGAUGCGGCUGGGCUUCCUGCGGCUGCAGGCCCUGCAGCGCUCCCGGAAGCUGCACCAGCAGUACCGCCUGGCCCGCGGGCGCAUCAUCGGGUUCCAGGCCCGCUGCCGCGCCUACCUGGUGCGCAAGGCCUUCCGCCACCGCCUCUGGGCUGUGCUCACCGUUCAGGCCUACGCCCGGGGCAUGAUUGCCCGCAGGCUGCACCGGCGCCUCAGGACAGAGUACCUGCGGCGUCUGGAGGCUGAGAAAAUGCGGCUGGCAGAGGAGGAGAAGCUCCGGAAGGAGAUGAGCGCCAAGAAGGCCAAGGAGGAGGCUGAACGCAAGCAUCAGGAGCGCCUGGCCCAGCUGGCCCGUGAGGACGCCGAGCGGGAGCUGAAGGAGAAGGAGGAGGCUCGGCGCAAGAAGGAGCUCCUGGAGCAGAUGGAGAGAGCCCGCCAUGAGCCCAUCAACCACUCGGACAUGGUGGACAAGAUGUUCGGCUUCUUGGGGACUUCAGGCGGUCUGCCAGGCCAGGAGGGCCAAGCGCCUAGUGGCUUCGAGGACCUAGAGCGCGGGCGCAGGGAGAUGGUGGAGGAGGACCUGGAUGCAGCGCUGCCCUUGCCGGACGAGGACGAGGAGGACCUCUCGGAGUACAAAUUCGCCAAGUUCGCUGCCACCUACUUCCAGGGCACGACCACGCACACCUAUACCCGGCGGCCGCUCAGGCAGCCGCUGCUGUACCACGAUGACGAGGGUGACCAGCUGGCGGCCCUGGCGGUCUGGAUCACCGUCCUGCGCUUCAUGGGGGACCUCCCUGAGCCCAAGUACCACACGGCCAUGAGCGAUGGCAGUGAGAAGAUACCUGUGAUGACCAAGAUCUACGAGACCCUGGGCAAGAAGACAUACAGGAGGGAGCUGCAGGGCGAGGGGGAGACCCAGCUCCCCGAGGGGCAGAAGAAGAGCAGCAUGAGGCACAAGCUGGUGCACUUGACCCUGAAGAAGAAGUCCAAACUGACAGAGGAGGUGACCAAAAGGCUGCAUGACGGGGAGUCCACUGUGCAGGGCAACAGCAUGCUGGAGGACCGGCCCACUUCCAACCUGGAGAAGCUGCACUUCAUCAUUGGCAAUGGCAUCCUGCGGCCAGCGCUCCGGGAUGAGAUCUACUGCCAGAUCAGCAAGCAGCUCACUCACAACCCCUCCAAGAGCAGCUACGCCCGGGGCUGGAUCCUCGUAUCUCUCUGCGUGGGCUGCUUUGCUCCCUCGGAGAAGUUCGUUAAGUACCUGCGGAACUUCAUCCACGGGGGACCGCCUGGCUACGCUCCGUACUGUGAGGAGCGGCUCCGGAGGACCUUUGUGAAUGGGACCCGGACACAGCCGCCCAGCUGGCUGGAGCUGCAGGCCACCAAGUCCAAGAAGCCCAUCAUGUUGCCUGUGACCUUCAUGGAUGGAACCACCAAGACCCUGCUGACCGACUCGGCCACCACGGCCAAGGAGCUCUGCAAUGCGCUGGCUGACAAGAUCUCGCUCAAGGACCGCUUUGGGUUCUCCCUCUACAUUGCUCUGUUUGAUAAGGUGUCCUCCCUGGGCAGCGGCAGUGACCAUGUCAUGGAUGCCAUCUCCCAAUGUGAGCAGUACGCCAAGGAGCAGGGUGCCCAGGAACGCAAUGCCCCCUGGAGGCUCUUCUUCCGCAAAGAGGUCUUCACGCCCUGGCACAAUCCCUCAGAGGACAACGUGGCCACCAACCUCAUCUACCAGCAGGUGGUGCGAGGGGUCAAGUUUGGGGAGUACAGGUGUGAGAAGGAGGAUGACCUGGCCGAGCUGGCCUCCCAGCAGUACUUUGUGGACUACGGCUCCGAGAUGAUCCUGGAGCGCCUCCUAAACCUCGUGCCCACCUAUAUCCCUGACCGUGAGAUCACGCCCCUGAAGACACUUGAGAAGUGGGCCCAGCUGGCCAUUGCUGCCCACAAGAAGGGGAUUUAUGCUCAGAGGAGAACUGAUGCCCAGAAGGUCAAAGAGGAUGUGGUCAACUAUGCCCGUUUCAAGUGGCCCUUGCUCUUCUCCAGGUUUUAUGAAGCCUACAAAUUCUCAGGCCCCAGCCUCCCCAAGAAUGACGUUAUCGUGGCAGUCAACUGGACGGGCGUCUACUUUGUGGAUGAGCAGGAGCAGGUGCUUCUGGAGCUGUCCUUCCCUGAGAUCAUGGCUGUGUCCAGCAGUAGGGGAGCAAAACUGGUAGCCCCCAGCUUCACGCUGGCUACCAUCAAGGGGGAUGAGUACACCUUUACCUCCAGCAACGCUGAGGACAUCCGUGACCUCGUGGUCACCUUCCUGGAAGGGCUCCGGAAGAGGUCGAAGUACGUGGUGGCCCUGCAGGACAACCCCAACCCUGCGGGGGAGGAGUCAGGUUUCCUCAGCUUUGCCAAGGGAGACCUCAUCAUUCUGGACCAUGACACGGGAGAGCAGGUCAUGAACUCAGGCUGGGCCAACGGCAUUAAUGAGAGGACCAAGCAGCGUGGGGACUUCCCCACUGACUGCGUGUAUGUCAUGCCCACUGUCACCUUGCCACCGCGGGAGAUUGUGGCCCUGGUCACCAUGACCCCUGACCAGAGACAGGACGUCAUUCGGCUCUUGCAGCUGCGAACAGUGGAGCCCGAGGUGCGCGCCAAGCCCUACACGCUGGAGGAAUUUUCCUACGACUAUUUCAGGCCCCCACCCAAGCACACGCUGAGCCGGGUCAUGGUGUCCAAGGCCCGUGGCAAGGACCGGCUGUGGAGCCACACACGGGAGCCGCUCAAGCAAGCACUGCUCAAGAAGAUCCUGGGCAGCGAGGAGCUCUCCCAGGAGGCCUGCAUGGCCUUCAUCGCGAUGCUCAAGUACAUGGGCGACUACCCAUCCAAGAGGGCGCGCUCUGUCAAUGAGCUCACCGACCAGAUCUUCGAGGGCGCCCUAAAGGCCGAGCCCCUCAAGGACGAGGUGUACGUGCAGAUCCUGAAGCAGCUGACCGACAACCAUAUCAGGUACAGCGAGGAGCGUGGCUGGGAGCUGCUCUGGCUGUGCACCGGCCUCUUCCCCCCCAGCAACAUCCUGCUGCCCCACGUGCAGCGCUUCCUGCAGUCCCGCAAGCACUGUCCCCUCGCCCUCGACUGCCUGCAGCGGCUCCAGAAAGCCCUGAGAAACGGGUCCCGGAAGUACCCCCCACACCUGGUGGAGGUGGAGGCCAUCCAGCACAAAACCACCCAGAUUUUCCACAAGGUCUACUUUCCUGACGACACCGAUGAGGCCUUUGAGGUGGAGUCCAGCACGAAGGCCAAAGACUUCUGCCAGAACAUUGCAGCCCGGCUGCUCCUCAAGUCCUCCGAGGGAUUCAGCCUCUUUGUCAAAAUUGCAGACAAGGUCAUCAGCGUCCCCGAGAAUGACUUCUUCUUCGACUUUGUUCGACACCUGACAGACUGGAUAAAGAAAGCACGGCCCGUCAAGGAUGGAAUCGUGCCCUCGCUCACCUACCAGGUGUUCUUCAUGAAGAAGCUGUGGACCACCACGGUGCCCGGGAAAGACCCGAUGGCCGAUUCCAUCUUCCACUAUUACCAGGAGCUGCCCAAGUAUCUCCGAGGCUAUCACAAGUGCACGCGGGAGGAGGUGCUGCAGCUGGGGGCGCUGAUCUACAGGGUCAAGUUCGAGGAGGACAAGUCCUACUUCCCCAGUAUCCCCAAGCUGCUACGGGAGCUGGUGCCCCAGGACCUCAUCCGGCAGGUCUCCCCUGACGACUGGAAGCGGUCCAUUGUUGCCUACUUCAACAAGCAUGCCGGGAAGUCCAAGGAGGAGGCCAAGCUAGCCUUCCUAAAGCUCAUCUUCAAGUGGCCCACCUUUGGUUCAGCCUUCUUUGAGGUGAAGCAAACUACGGAGCCAAACUUCCCUGAGAUCCUCUUAAUUGCCAUCAAUAAGUAUGGGGUCAGCCUCAUCGAUCCCAGAACCAAGGACAUCUUGACCACGCAUCCCUUCACCAAGAUCUCCAACUGGAGCAGCGGCAGCACCUACUUCCACAUCACCAUCGGGAACCUGGUGCGCGGGAGCAAACUGCUCUGUGAGACGUCACUGGGCUACAAGAUGGAUGACCUCCUGACUUCCUAUAUUAGCCAGAUGCUCACGGCCAUGAGCAAACAGCGGGGCUCCAGGAGUGGCAAGUGAACAGUGGGGGAGGUGGUGCUGGCUCAGGCCCAUCAGCUACCUCUGCAGCUGGGGGACGACUUCUGCCAUCUGGGCAGGGAGACUGGGCCAGCCACCACCACGGAUUAUUAUACCAACUUGGCCUCUGAUCCUCUUCCAGUGAGGCCGCCUUGCUGGGAUGCAGAACUCCCCUCUAUCCACUCCUGAGGGGUGGUUCUAGCUCUGGCUGGCUGUGGCCUUCCCAGUGGUAAAAGCCUGUGCUCCGUGGGUGCCUUUCUUAGACCAGCCCCACCAUGCGGCCUCCCUUGACUUUCCGUGCAACCACUGUGUCAGGGAAUCAAGAGGACAACCUAGUUCUCCGUACUGGGACCAAGCAAACCAACCAAGAAUAUUCUGAAAUCCAAGGGACUGGCUUAAUUCCUGUAAGUCCAGAAUUCUCAGCUGGGAUGAGGGAGACAGACUACUUUUCUAUAUUGCAGUGUGAGUGUUGAGCCCUGUGUUAGUCUCCCCUGAUCACCGCAGGGUAUAAAGUAUGUGUUUGAUCA